AAGAAAAUAGCGUGGAAAGAGAGUGGUAAGCAAAUCAGGAACCCUAACUUGAAGUUGGAAGAGGAAGAAGAAGAAAAAAUGUCUGGUGUGAAGAGAGCACUGAGGCAGUUUACGUUCGGGAGCGGCAAGACCGCCGGCCGCAACUCGUCGGGGCGCAUAACGUCGUUUCACAGAGGCGGCGGAGCUAAGCGGCUGCAACGAACCGUAGAUCUCAAAAGGAACACCACUUCUUCCCUGGGUGUCGUCGAACGGAUCGAGUACGAUCCUAACCGUUCUUCCGACAUCGCACUCGUUCGCUGGCUACAAGGCGUCCACCACCGCCCACGUGGCGCCGGCGCCGGCGUCGGCGCUGCGGCCUGCUCGUCCAAGGUCCUAGCCCUCAAUCCCGCCGUCACUAACAGUGACAGCAUUCGUGGCGUGUUCGCGCUCAAUUCGAUGUUGCCGCGCGUUGGAACUUCCACUAGAGAGGUUUUCCUGUCUGCGUUCUCGUCCAAGGCCAAGGGACGGGAUACGAAAUCGGAAUUGGAAUCGGUUUCUUCGAUCGGAUUGCCGCGGAUGGCGGUUGCCGCCUCGAGAGCUCCGUUCUUCGCGCCACGCGUGAAAGGGGAGGAUACGUUGGAGGUUCGGAAUUGGAGAAGGAAUAGCGACGCUUGGGCGCAUAGGAACAAGCGUAGAGUGGCGGUCUCGUGGCAGAGCAUCGCGCGUUGAGUUGAUGCUAUUUUGAAUUGUAAAAACUAAACUUCUGGCUCUCUGCCUUUAAUUUUGUGUUUGGCUGUUGAAUUGUUGGUUGGGAUUGUGCUUCUCUGAAUGUUGAGGCGUAAGGCUUGAAUUGGUGAGUAGUGUUCAGUUUGUUUGCUCUUGCCCUGAUUGGUAUCGCAAGUGAAAGCGAGAGAGGGAUAGGAACGGAAUGGUUAGUUUUGUUUUUCUGAACUGGAAAUAAUCAGUAUCUUUGAACAGAAAUUAAGACCAGUAGCUGCAAUUUUAUUGCUGUACGUAAUAUUAUGAAAUUUGAAGUGCAGAA